UUUUUUGUCAACACUGGUUACUGGAUGAACCAAGCCAACGACUGAGACCUGCAACAUCCUCACAGAUCCUGGCCACUUUUGCCAGCUUCGACGAGAACGUGUCUGUGUUACGCCUAUAAAAUGCUUGGGACAAUACCAGACGAGAUUAUUUCUCAUAUCUUGCAAUACGUUCCACCAGAGGAUAACCUACGUUGUUUCCAGUACCUUUCCAAACGACUUCAACGCUUGGCGAAUGAAGAACUUCUUUGGAGAUCUCACUGUUGCCUUUGUUUCAAAUACUGGGAUGCGCAGCAUGACUUCAAGGGGAAACUGAAAUUAAAGGUUAAGGACGUCGAUUGGAAGAAGCUAUGGAUCCUUCGACGACAACAGAACCAAAAGGUCUCUCACCUUCUCGAGGGUAUUUUGGAGUCUAAAGUUGGGCGCCUGCAGAAGUUUGAAAAGAUUUGUUUGCUAGGCUAUGAUGCCAAGGAUCUACUCCUAGAGCAAUGCCACGCCGACGAGUCUGUAGAGGAUGUACUGGCUAGGAGGUACUACGCAAACGCGGCGCUGGGGAGUAUCCACAGGAGCAUGGCCGUCAAGGAAUGGUCCAAAUUUCAGCAGCCAUAUUCGGGUCCGCGACCGCUGGAAAGAGCACUGGCCGGCUUCGACAUGUUUGUCUUGCAUGACCAAGAGGGCGAUAUCGAUGAUAUACAAAAUGCUCUGGAUCGCUAUAGUCGCAUAUUCCUUGAGAGCUGUCCCAACUUUAAAGAGUUGACAACUCGGCAAAAGGCACAGGCGCUGCUGUCCUGGGUGAGAUCUGAAAACUUGACUGGCAUGGAAGAUCCGUCCUCCAAUUAUCGAAACAUCCGCAACUGUCUUAUUGGACAUGCUCUACUUGACGAAGGUCACCCAUCGUUGCCGCUGAUUUCAAGCGCCAUAUAUUCUGCGCUCGCGCAAAGGGUAGGAUUACGAUCCGAGUGCUGUGCCUUCCCGGCCCACGUUCACGCUUCUGUCUUCGCACCUUCGAACGAAACCCUCGAUGGCAAACCGGUCACAGACCCCACCGCAGAGCUGGAGGUCAUGUAUCUCGAUCCAUUCGAGUCUGACCAUGAGAUUAACGUUGAGGACCUGCGCAUGAGACUGGAAGAUUUCGGGUGGGAGAAUGGGCGGGAUGCUUUCUUGAGGGCAUCCCCCGUUCCUGUCCUUGUGAACCGCACGGCGCACAAUAUCAGGGCUUCGUAUGUUCGGUACCAGCACUCUUCCGAUGUCGAAGCGGCCAAGUUCUCAUUCCGGAGUGGCGACCCAUUCCUCAACAUGGAGGCACUGCUGUACUCGGUGCUCUGGGUCAGCCUCCUGGUCACUCCAACGACAUACCAACUAUGGGACAACAACUUGGAGCACUUUCUGAACCGCUUUCACAAGUACUUCAGCGAGGAUGCUUGGAUAGUGCGCAAAUACCUCGCGCCCCUAUACGACGAGUUUGUUGCCACCCACGGCCGUUAUGGUGCCGCAGGGCGUUCUUCCUGGGAAGACGUGCACCGGACGUUGGAUGUGGCGCAUAAUCUUGACAUGCGCACUCCGACUGUCAGCCGCCGAUACACCCAAGCCAUUCAGAAGAGCGUGCGCUAUCGUGUAGGGCAGGUUUUUGUGCACAAGCGGUACGGCUUCUCCUGUAUCAUAAACGGGUGGACCGUCAAUGGCGUGAGCUCCAUUCCAAACCCACAUGUUCUCCCCUUUGACGAGGGCCACAACCACGCUGCUCAGGACGAUGAUGCUGGCGCCGAAACACUCAACAGUCAGCAAACCAAUGGCAGUGCCAGUGGUGAGAUGGCCGGCUCUAGCGGGACCCCUCGUGGCCCAACCUCGCAAAUCUUUUACACGUGCAUGAAACAUGACAUAGAUCGAAUGGUGGUUGCACACGAUAAUAUCCAGCUCAUCACAGAUCCAGAUAAUAUCCCGGAGUCCCUGAUGCGGUCCGCCGGCAAGUUCUUCAAGCGUUUUGAUAGGGAGACAUGUACUUUUGUAUCCAACGUAAAGGAGUUCUUCCCGGAUGACUAGAGCUUAUUCAGUGAGCUCUACUGAAGAGGGACAAACGCAGAUGGCAGGG